AUGAAUGACAUUAAUGAAUCUUCUACGGUCGAUGCAGUAAAAAAAACUUAUCCAUCUUACGAAUCACUUGAAUUGGAAAAUGAUGAUAAAAAAGGUAUUACAUCAAAUUCGUCAUCGAUCAAUAAAGAUAAAGAAUGGACAACUAAUCAAAUUCGAAAUUUAAUUUCUAAUAUUUUAACAAUAGUUAGUUUGGGAUUUCUUAUACCCGGUUUAUUUUAUCCAAUGAUUAAUGUUCGCGUAACUGCUUUAAACGGGAUGAUAACUGUGGCGCAUCAAACACGAAGUAUUUUAACUUCAAUUUCAUAUCUAUUCGAACACCGUGCAUAUGUUCCUGGAGUUGCAAUCGUUAUAUUUUCAGUUGUUAUUCCAUUUCUUAAAGCAAUUUUAUUAUUAGCUAUGAAUAUAUCACGAAAUGCUCGAUACAAUUAUACAGUUUAUACAAUUGUUCGUGAUUGGGGAAAAUGGAGUAUGGCAGAUGUAUUCGUAACAGCAGUUUUUCUUUCAUAUUUAUCUGCAACAGUAUCAGUCGAUAUUGAUUGUAAAUUACUUGCAGGAUUUUAUUGUUUCUUAGCUUAUUGUAUUAUCUCGCUAUCGGCUGUUCAAGUUAUGGUACCACCACCAAUAAUUAAUAUUGAAAAUGAAACUAAGAAUAAUGAACUUGAAAAGCUUAAUUUCAAAACAAAUAAUUUAGUAGAUAGAACAAAUUAA